ACUUUCGACACAAGGUAUAACAAAUUUCCAAAUUUCAUGAUACACUAUAAUAGAGGCUUAUAUUAUACGCAUUCAAAUCUUAUGAUAAAAAUAUACUUCUUUCCUUUACCUACUUUUCAUGCUUAUAAAAGCAUACAAAGCCCCCAAUUUCAUCACCCUUUCCGUCCCAAAAUGAUCAUUCCGGUAAAGAGCAUACCAGGCAUGUUUGGGUCGGUCCGGUCCAUCAUCGUCACCUUCGUCUUCUGCUGUAACAUGAUCUGGCGGAACUGCCCGAAGCAGCUCCGCCGCUACAUCGAGAAACUCACCGAGAGGCUGUCCGGAUUCAAGAGGCUGUCCGGAUUCUUGAAUCCGGACAUCCAGGUCUUGAUCCACGAGUACACCGGAAGUCAUCUCCGGCGCCACGAGGCCUACGGCCUCGUAGCUGCGUACUUGAGUGUGAAAUUGCCUGAUGCCAAACGGCUCAAGGCCGUGAUGACGAACGAGAACAAGGUGAUGCUGAGCAUGGAAGAGUACGAGAACACGACGGACAUGUUCAACGGAGUUGAGGUGAAAUGGAUCUCCGGGAAGGUUCCUUCCCGGGCCAGCGGGGCCUCGUAUUACCCAGAGCCCGAGCAGAGGUACUACAAGCUCAAGUUCAACGAGUGCUACAAGAAGAUGAUGACGGAGGAUUACCUGCAGCAUGUCUUAAAGAGAGGGAGAGAGAUUCAGGCCGCGAACAGGCAGCGGAGGCUCUACACGAAUGGCAAGUCUACCUGGACCCAUAUCGUGUUCGAACAUCCAGCCAAGUUCGCGACUCUAGCAAUGGAGCCAGAGAAGAAGGAGGAGAUCGUGGAGGAUCUGCUGACCUUCAUAAAGAGUAAAGAUUACUAUGCAAGAAUCGGCAAGGCGUGGAAAAGGGGUUAUCUGCUGUAUGGCCCUCCCGGAACAGGAAAAUCUACGAUGAUCGCAGCCAUGGCCAACUUUCUCAGCUAUGAUGUUUAUGAUCUCGAGCUUACCUCGGUGAAGGACAAUACGGAGCUCAGGAAGCUUUUGACAAACACUACUGCUAAAUCAAUCAUCGUGAUAGAGGAUAUCGAUUGCUCCCUCGACUUAACAGGCCAGAGGGAGAAGAAAGCGGAGAAACCUGCAGAAGAGCCUGGAAAAGUCGAGAAAAAGACGACUCCUCGUAAGGAGAAGGAAGAGAGUGACAGCAAGGUCACUCUCUCAGGCCUGCUGAAUUUCAUAGACGGCCUCUGGUCUGCUUGUGCAGGGGAGAGAUUAAUCGUAUUCACAACAAACCAUGUGGAUAAGCUCGACCCAGCUCUUACAAGAAGGGGCCGGAUGGACAAACAUAUCGAGCUAUCUUACUGCAAAUACGAAGGAUUUAAAGUGCUCGCUAAGAAUUACCUGGAACUUGAAGCACAUCCACUGUUCCAAUCCAUCGAGGAGCUGAUCCAGGAGGUCGAGAUAUCACCAGCUGAUGUUGCGGAAAACCUCAUGCCAAAAUCUGCAAAAGAUGGUCCAGAGCAAAGCCUUCGAAAUCUCAUAUGCAUUCUUGAGGAAACAAAGAACAGCAAGUGCAGAGAAAUUAAAGAUACAGAGAUCAACCACAAUGCAGCUGCUAUUUAA